UCCUCCCCCCUUUCCCUUCACGAUAAUGUAAGUAUGCUGAAGUCAUUCAGGCCUAUUUGUUCCUUCUUCACAGCGGAUUCUAACUGAGCAGGACACACCAAGAACAGGCAGCAGAUAUAUACGCAGAGGAGAUCCAAACGGCCACAUAAAGCGGAAUAUCUUCCAGCACAUUCGGAAAAUUUAGCUUUCCUGUAGCCCAAGUAUUGACAAGAGACUCCAACCAUGGCCAACAAAGGUCCAUCUUAUGGUCUGAGCCGGGAAGUGCAGAGCAAAAUUGAGAAGAAAUAUGACCCAGACUUGGAGGAAAGACUGACAGAGUGGAUUGUGGCACAGUGUGGCUCUGGAGCAGGUCGACCAGAGCCAGGAAGGGUCGGCUUCCAGACGUGGCUCAAGGAUGGCUGCGUCUUGAGUGAGUUGAUUAACAGCCUGUGCAGUCAGAACAAGCCCAUCAAGAAGAUCCAAACUUCUUCUAUGGCCUUCAAGCAGAUGGAGCAGAUAUCUCAAUUCCUGCAUGCAGCAGAGCGUUAUGGUGUUAGUAAGACUGACAUGUUCCAGACAGUUGACCUCUGGGAAGGGAAGGACUUGGCAGCAGUCCAGAGGACCCUGAUGGCUCUCGGCUCUCUGGCAGUUACCAAGGAUGACGGCAAUUACCGUGGCGAUCCAAACUGGUUCCAUAAGAAGGCUCAGGAAAACCGAAGGGACUUUUCAGAGGAACAGCUGAAGGAAGGCCAGAGCGUCAUUGGGUUGCAGAUGGGAACGAACAAGGGGGCAUCCCAAGCAGGCAUGACAGGAUAUGGGCGUCCCCGACAGAUAAUUAACAAUUAGACACUCAUCGGGCAGGGAAGAGCCGGCCAGCUCCAAAUAAUUAUAUUCUUGCAACUUGUCUGUAAGCCAGUACUAUGCAGGUAUACAUUUUAACUCCUUCAAGUAAAGAUUGUACUUUACACAGUCACAAUAGUGAUAGUUUAGUCCAGGCAAUGAAAGUUUUCCUGUUUGCUAGAAGUUAUUUUCAGGUUCAGAAAAGAAAGCAUGUACCAUUUGUGUAUUUUUCUCUUCCCUCUUUUAAUAGAUCAAAAUGUAAUAUGCUAAAAUAGUCAAAUGAAAAUAAUUUGAACUGUUAUGUUUAUGUACCUUGUGGUUCUUUUAGGGUUUAAAGAAUUGUAUAGCAUUGCUACAGUAAUAUAAACAAAACCUGGAAAAUAAUUCUUCAUGCUAUUUCUGAAGACUAUAUUAUUCCUGACCUGAAUCUUGAUAGACAAUUUUUAUGCAUUACCUACCACUAACUUUUUUU